CCUGAUGCAGACAGGAGAACAGUUUCAGUUUGCCACAUGUGGACCUACAGCUGUAUACACAGCCUUUUUUAAAUCAUCAUCAUCAUCAUCGUAAAUCAAUAUAAUUUUUGUCACCUGUAGAUCUUCAUGUUCAAUUGGACCAUGCUGUACCCUACUCAGCUAACCGGCAUGGUCCUUCUCGCACUCCUAAAUGGUGCACAAUCAUACAAUUGCUCUGACCUUGUGCUGGACCCUCCUGAGCUGGUGGUACGAUAUGGAGAUCCUGUCUCAGUGAGCUGCCGUUCCCUGUCCAAUGACACCGAUCUGGACUGGACUGUUCCAGUGAGUGAUAUUUUCAAUCCUGAUGCUCAGACCGUCACCUGGGAAACAGAAAAUCUGACUGAUUGGGAAAUACAACCUGUGUGCUACAAGAACCAGACAGAUGUACAAUGCAGCAGAAUGCUCCCACUUACUGUUUACAAGCUUCCAGACCAGGUGUCCAUCAGCGUCAUGAAUCACUCUGGGCCAAUGACUGAAGGCAGAGAGUACAAUCUAAAGUGUGACAUUCACACUGUUGCUCCUAUUCAUCUCCUCAAUGUGGCCUGGUACAAAGGUCUCCGUAUGGUGAAUAACAGAAGCUUUAAUGACAAAUUAAACAAGAGUCCAGAGACUAUAUCCACCAUGCUACGGAUCUCCCCCAGCAGAGAUGAUGAUGGAGUUCAGUACAGAUGUGAGGCAAUGCUUAAUCUGGGACAGGAAUUUCAGGAUUCCCAUACAGUGACAUCAGAUCCUCUGAACAUUACAAUAACCUCAAAACCUAAAAAUUGCUCUGACCUUGUGCUGGACCCUCCUGAGCUGGUGGUACGAUAUGGAGAUCCUGUCUCAGUGAGCUGCCGUUCCCUGUCCAGCGACACCGAUCUGGUCUGGAGUGUUCCAACAGGAAAUGUUUUCAAACCUGAUACUCAGUCCAUCACCUGGGAAACAGACAAUCUGACUGACUGGGAAAUACAACCUGUGUGCUACAAGAACCGGACAGAUGUACAAUGCGAAAGAGCUCUUCAGAUCAUUGUUUACAAGAUUCCAGAAAAAGUGUCUAUCAGCUUCAUGAAUCAUAUUGGGCCAAUGACUGCAGGCAAAAAAUAUGAGCUCCAGUGUGACAUUGAGAAUUUUGCUCCUGUGCAUGUCCUCGCUGUUUUCUGGUACAAAGGGGACCAGUUACUGAAAAACAGGGGAUUCUCAGACUUGCCCACCAAAACUCCUAGUAAUAAGACUGUUACACUGAAGGUCAUGGCCAACAGAACUGACUCUGAUGCUCCUUUCCGAUGUGAGGCAAAGUUGAAGCUGGGAGAAGCAGGACCUCAGCCUCCUCCUAUAGUGACUUCAAAUCUUCUCCCCACUGAAGUUAACUACAAACCUGUAAUAACUUGCUCAGAUUGGUCUGCUUUGGUUAAUACUACCUUGAGCUCAUAUCCUUAUAAUGUUAUGGGAAAACCAUCGCCAAACAUCACCUGUUAUCGAGACCAAUCACCAGUCAGCUCCGAUAUGCGUCUCACCAGGAGUGACACGGGCCAGUAUAGAUUCACUGCCUCUAAUGAGGUGGGAAGUUCAAGCUGUCACACAAAGAUCACUGUGGAGUAUCCUCCUACGUUUACCUGUCCUGAUACUUAUACGGGGAAAGAGUACGAAUCCUUCUUAGACAAAUGUUCAGUUAUGGCUUCUCCUGUAGCGAAAAUUACUUGGACAAAAGAUGGAAAAACAGUGAGCCCUAUUCAUAGUCUUACAAAAGGAGAUGACGGCUUAUAUGUGAUCACAGCCGUCAACAAGCACGGAGCUGAACGACACAGUCUGACCAUUAAGGUUCUGGAUGGUUGUGAAAUUACAAUUCAGCCUGCUAAACUAGUGGUGGAGUUUGGUGCUUCUGCCACAGCUAACUGUUCCACAACCGUCACCCAUAAUGGAAUGGGUUGGGAAGCAGUGACUGGAGCAGUGGAUAAAACAAAAGGCGUCCAGUUCCUUACCUGGAGGGUAGAGAGUCUGAAAUACUGGGACAUACAGCCAAUAUGCUACGUCAAUGCACACGAGCAGUGCGAAUCCAAGCUCCCAGUUACUGUUUACAAACGUCCAGAGAAGGUGUCGAUCAGCACCGUGGAUCACACAGGGCCAAUGAUUGAGGGCAAACAGUACAAGCUCGAGUGUGAUGUUAAGAAUGUUGCUCCUGUUAAUCUCCUCACUGUCAACUGGUACAAAGGACAGCCAGGACAGCUAGUGAAAAGUGUACAAUUUAAUAACACUUCCUCCAAAACACCAGUAAACCGUUCUACUGAACUCAGCAUCUCGACCAGCAAAGAAGAUGAUGGAGUUCAGUACAGAUGUGAGGCAAAGCUGGAACUAGGACCAGAAGGGCCUCAACCUCCUCCUAUAAAGACAUCAGAUCCUCUCAACAUUAUAGUGCACUACAAACCUGUAAUAACUUGCUCAGAUUGGUCUGCUUUGGUUAAUACUACCUUGAGCUCAUAUCCUUAUAAUGUUAUGGGAAAACCAUCGCCAAACAUCACCUGUUAUCGAGACCAAUCACCAGUCAGCUCCGAUAUGCGUCUCAGCAGGAGUGACACGGGCCAGUAUAGAUUCACUGCCUCUAAUGAGGUGGGAAGUUCAAGCUGUGACACAAAGAUCACUGUGGAGUAUCCUCCUACGUUUAACUGUCCUGAUACUUAUACGGGGAAAGAGAACGAAUCCUUCUUAGACAAAUGUUCAGUUAUGGCUUCUCCUGUAGCGAAAAUUACUUGGACAAAAGAUGGAAAAACAGUGAGCCCUCUUCAUAGUCUUACAAGAGGAGAUAGCGGCUCAUAUGUGAUCACAGCCGUGAACAAGCACGGAGUUGAACCUCACCGUAUGAUUGUUAAUGUUCAGUAUGGUCCAGAAAUUCAGCCAGUCACACGCUCAGAAGUGGUGAAAGCAGGCAAUGACUUGUCUCUGAGCUGCACUGCAGAAGGAAAUCCAGAGCCUGAAGUGAGCUGGAGCUUUCAAAACCAAACUAAGGCCACUGGGAGGCGGCAGACAAUUCUAAACCUUUCUAAAGCCAAUUCUGCUGAUGCUGGUGAAUAUUUGUGCACCGCUUCUAAUGAACUUGGGAGCAAAACAAGGACCGUCUCACUGACAGUAGAAGAAAGCAACAUGCGAACAAUAAUAAUCUGUGUUGGGGUUCUAUUACUGAUUUUAAUCCUUAUUAUAUAUGUAAUUUACACUUAUGUCGUGCACAAACGAUCUGGAAGGUACACCAUACAGACUAAUGGUGAUGUCUCUAUGUCACUAUUGAAUGUGACAAUGGAGAUCACUAUUAACUACAUUAACUACUGGCAAGAAGCCUCAUACGCAGCUUUAUCGCUAGACAGCUGCGCCUUCACCGCCUGCAGCUCCGACUUUAUUGUUAACAAUUCGUCUCCCAAUGUACGUUCCAAUGUACGUAGUUCGGCCUUAAAAACCUCGGUGAUUUCGGACCUCAAAAAGGACAGCAGCUCUGACUUUAAUGAGUCAAUAUCAGCCUUAGAAGCUGCCUGCGACACGAUGGACCCUUCACACAUCUUCAAGUUCAAUUGGACCCUGCUGUACCUUACUCAGCUACCCGGCAUGGUAAUUCUCGCACUACAAAAUGGUGAUGGUUGUACCAUUACAAUUCAGCCUGCUAAACUAGUGGUGGAGUUUGGUGCUUCUGCCACAGCUAACUGUUCCACAACCGUCACCCAUAAUGGAAUGGGUUGGGAAACAGUGACUGGAGCAGUGGAUCUAACAACAGAUGUCCAGUUCCUUAUCUGGAGGGUAGAGAGUCUGAAAUACUGGGACACACAGCCAAUAUGCUACAUCAAUGCACACGGGCAGUGUGAAUCCAAGCUCCCAGUUACUCUUUACAAACGUCCGGAGAAGGUGUCGAUCAGCACCGUGGAUCACACAGGGCCAAUGAUUGAGGGCAAACAGUACAAGCUCGAUUGUGAUGUUCAGAAUGUUGCUCCUGUUAAUCUCCUCACUGUCAACUGGUACAAAGGACAGCCAGGACAGCUAGUGAAAAGUGUACAAUUUAAUAACACUUCCUCCAAAACACCAGUAAACCGUUCUACUGAACUCAGCAUCUCGACCAGCAAAGAAGAUGAUGGAGUUCAGUACAGAUGUGAGGCAAAGCUGGAACUAGGACCAGAAGGACCUCAACCUCCUCCUAUAAAGACAUCAGAUCCUCUCAACAUUAUAGUGCACUAUAAACCUAUAAUAACUUGCUCAGAUUGGUCUGCUUUGUUUAAUACUCCCUUGAGCUCAUAUCCUUAUAAUGUUAUGGGAAAACCAUCGCCAAACAUCACCUGUUAUCGAGACCAAUCACCAGUCAGCUCCGAUAUGCGUCUCAGCAAGAGUGACACGGGCCAGUAUAGAUUCACUGCCUCUAAUGAGGUGGGAAGUUCAAGCUGUGACACAAAGAUCACUGUGGAGUAUCCUCCUACGUUUAACUGUCCUAAAAAUUAUACGGGGAAAGAGAACGAAUCCUUCUUAGACAAAUGUUCAGUUAUGGCUUCUCCUGUAGCGAACAUUACUUGGACAAAAGAUGGAAAAACAGUGAGCCCUCUUCAUAGUCUUACAAGAGGAGAUAGCGGCUCAUAUGUGAUCACAGCCGUGAACAAGCACGGAGUUGAACCUCACCGUAUGAUUGUUAAUGUUCAGUAUGGUCCAGAAAUUCAGCCAGUCACACGCUCAGAAGUGGUGAAAGCAGGCAAUGACUUGUCUCUGAGCUGCACUGCAGAAGGAAAUCCAGAGCCUGAAGUGAGCUGGAGCUUUCAAAACCAAACUAAGGCCACUGGGAGGCGGCAGACAAUUCUAAACCUUUCUAAAGCCAAUUCUGCUGAUGCUGGUGAAUAUUUGUGCACCGCUUCUAAUGAACUUGGGAGCAAAACAAGGACCGUCUCACUGACAGUAGAAGAAAGCAACAUGCGAACAAUAAUAAUCUGUGUUGGGGUUCCAUUACUGAUUUUAAUUAUUGCAUAUGGAAUUUACAUUUUUGUCAGGCGCAGAUAAUCUGAAAGGUAAACCAUAUAGACUAAUGGUGAUGUCUCUAUGUCACUAUUGAAGUAGAAUGAUGGAUAAGUAGUGAUGUUACCGGUGUUGUAAUCAGAGGUGGGUAGUAACGAGUUACAUUUACUUCGUUACAUUUACUUGAGUACAUUUUUUGGGUAACUUGUACUUUUUGAGUAUAAUUAAAGAUGCAUACUUUUACUCUUACUCAAGUAGAUUUUUAGUGGAAAAACUUUACUUUUACUUCGCUACAAUUGGCAGAUUUAAUAAAUAAUAAUUAGUUUAUAUGACAAGUCUCGCGAAACGUUGGAGAGGCUGCUUCGCGAGAGUAUACUGCACAUCUCCCGCUGAAGUUUAGCGCGCCUUUAGUUGGAAUAUGAUGGCUGAAGCAGAGGAAGACGUUUGCGCUUUAUCAAAGGCAGAUCACAUGUGGCCACAAAUUAAUUCUAUGUUUUCACUCCAAGAUGUAAAAUAUAAUAGCUUUAUAAUGCGAUGCAUUCUGUGUGCGCCAAAACAAACAGACAUCGCAGCUUACAAGAAUUCCAGCUCCAACCUAAAAAAACACGUAGCGGUAAAUUAUGCCUAUUUGAUGGUAAUUUGGUAACUAUGGGCACUUUGACCGUAACGUAAUACUACAUUUCACACACUGUCUGAAUCUUUUCCCUCACAUACGCUCUCGUGCAAUCCUGUGAACCCUACAAACAACACGUUCAUGAACAAACGUUCAUUAUAAGCGUCUGCAUUUUCAUAUCCAUGUUCCACAAAAUAAGUUGAAUUGCGUACUGUAAGACGUUUUGCAUUUAUACGCAAAUCCUGACAUCUCACUUAAGUUUUUUUGGACUACGUUUUUUUUUUUUCACUAAAGUGUAGAACAUAUACAAAAUAAAAACGGGAUUAUAUUUUGUUUGAUCCCUACCUAAAGAAUACAUGUACUUACUUAUAAAAUGUAACAAAUGUAAGAAUAAAGUAAAUUAAUCUUAAAAGAAAGAGCAGGUUAGCCCAGCACAUCAUUCAUUUACAUCAUUAAACCAUUAA